AUUUGGAAGCGCCAUGUUUGUUCGAUUUUCCACCAGGCAUCACGGCGCGACGUGGUUACAAAGCAAUUCAAAAUGGCGGCUCAGAGCGGUCGGCAGGUUAGAAAGUUAGCAUGUUUUGCCGCACGAAGUUCUCCUCUGUGGACGAAAGACAACGUAAAAAUACCAGGAUGCAUACUUUCAGAUUUUGUAAACAGAAGAAACUAUAGCUCUGUUCAACCAAAGCCUCGUAGUUCAAGGAUUUUUAGUGGCGUCUGUGUACAGCGUUUGCCAGUUAUAACUAAGGAAAAAUCAGAGUUAGAAAAACAGUUUGAAGAACUUCAACAUCAGAUAGAGCUUGAACACAGUGCACUGUCUGAGGAUGAAGUCCAGUGGAAAGAGAUUAUGGAAAGGAAGGAAAAUGCUAAAGAUGAAGAUGAUGAUGAAAGUAUUGUGAUUGCAAUAUCCGAGGCAGACAGAAAGCAAUUUGAAGAAGAGCAGGAAGAGGAAUUGAGAAGGUAUGAGCCAGGAAGCCGGGAGACAGAAGCCGACAGACUUAACAACCUCCAAUCCCUGCAUCGUAAAUUACAAGAAAAGUUGAUUUUGUUGGUGAGGAGGCAAAAAGAUGCAGCAGCAUGGGAGGUGCCACAUGCUGAAGUUAUAGAUACCCGUGACACACUUCAACAGGUUGCAUCAAGAAGUUUAGGUGAAAUUUGUGGCACAGAUUUAAAAGUUCGAUUCCUCAGCAAUGCACCAAUUGCUGUUAUGAAAAAAUACAAGAACACGAGUAACAAGGUGUUCUUCUACAAAGUUAACUAUGUGACAGGAUGUGUCAGGCUACAUGAAGACUAUUUUGAUCACGUUUGGGUCACAGUCGAUGAAAUGAGAGACUUCGUUGACGCGGAAUACUUCAAGACUCUUAAACGAUUUUUACACUAACAAAAAACUGUAGUGACACGAAUCGAUGAAAUAAAAUGAACAACAUUUUGACAUUCU